AUGGAAAUGACAGAACAUAACUACUCCAUGACAACUGAAUUUACCCUCACAGGAUUUAUGGAUCAACCAGAGCUGAAGCCCCUUCUGUUUGUAGUGUUCUUUGUCAUCUAUCUGAUCACCAUGGUGGGGAAUCUUGGUUUGGUGGCACUGAUCUAUAUGGAGCAUCGUCUUCACACAGCAAUGUAUAUCUUUCUGGGUAACCUGGCUCUAAUGGAUUCCUGCUGUUCCUGUGCUGUUACCCCUAAGAUGUUAGAAAACUUCUUUUUGGAAGAUGGAACAAUAUCCCUCUAUGAAUGCAUGGCACAAUUUUACUUUUUCUGCUUUGCUGAAACUGUGGACUGCUUUCUCCUGGCAGCAAUGGCCUAUGACAGGUAUGUAGCAAUAUGCAACCCCCUGCAAUACCACACGAGGAUGUCAAAGAAACUCUGCAUUCAGAUGACCACAUGGGCCUACAUAACUGGAAAUGUGCAUUCCAUGAUUCACAUUGGGUUACUGUUUCGGUUAACUUUCUGUGGCUCUCAUGAAGUCAGUCACUUUUUUUGUGAUGUCUUUCCAUUGUACAGGCUUUCUUGUGCUGACCCCUAUAUCAAUAAACUGAUAGUACACAUAUUUACAGGGUUAGUUCUAAUAUUCACUAUUACUAUAGUCCUAAUCUCUUAUUUUUACAUCCUCUUCACUAUUUUCAAAAUGAAAUCCAAAGAGGGAAGAGGUAAAGCUUUAUCGACUUGUGCAUCCCACUUUAUCUCUGUCUCAAUAUUCUAUGGUUCUUUAAUUUUUGUGUAUGUUCAACCAAGUUCAGUCAAAGAAGAAGAUAAAGAUAUACCUGUUGCUGUGUUUUACACUCAAGUAAUUCCUUUAUUAAAUCCUUUUAUUUAUAGUUUAAGAAAUAAGGAAGUAAUAAAUGCUGUAAAAAGAAUUAUGAAGAAUAAAUCUCAGAACAUUCUGAAACAAAUAUCAGCCUCUGCAACAAACUGA